GCGCUCGCAUUUGGAAUAGUUUCAGUAGCCUAUAAGCAACGAAAGCAAGAUUGUUUGGGUUUCUCUGUGUCUCUCCAUAGCUAACGAACAGAGGACUCUCACAAAGAUGGAAUCUGAAAAUAUGUCCGACACCAGGCAGAACAAUAUCACGUUGUGCCCCUCCAUCGAUGAGUUCCGCAGUCAGGUGUACCCCACCGUCUACUCCAUCAUCACAAUCAUUGGCCUGCUGAGUAAUGGGUUUGCCCUCAUCAUCCUUAUUAAGACUAUUCAUCAUUGCUCAGCGUUCCACAUCUACAUGUUAAACCUGGCGGUUUCCGACCUCCUGUGCGUCAGCACCCUACCACUGCGUGUCAUUUAUUAUGUCAAGAAGGGCCAAUGGGACUAUAGUGAUUUCCUGUGCAGAGUCAGUUCCUAUGCCUUGUACGUAAACCUCUACUGCAGCAUCUUCUUCAUGAUGGUUGUGAGCUGCACUCGCUUCCUGGCCAUUGUCUUCCCAGUGCAGAACCUCAGGCUAGUGAGCGUGCACAAGGCCUGCACCGUCUGCGUGUGUAUAUGGGUGUUCAUCUGCUUAACCAGCUCACCCUUCCUCAUGUCAGGUAUGCAUGUGGACCCCAUCACCAACAAGACAAAAUGCUUUGAGCCACCUGAUGUGGAACUGGAUAUCACCAAGCUCAUAAUACUAAACUAUUUCUCCCUGGUAGUGGGCUUUGGAGUACCCUUCCUAGUCAUUCUGAUAUGCUAUGCAGGGAUCAUUCACGCUUUGCUGUUUAGCCCCAGCGCCAUGACUAAGGGCAACCGCACUAAAGCAAUCAGGAUGAUUGUCAUUGUCAUGCUGGCCUUUUUUGUCAGCUUCAUGCCCUAUCACAUUCAACGCACUAUUCACCUGCACUCAAUGAGUCUCCAAAACUGUGAUCAAAUUGUCUCCAUGCAGAAGUCUGUAGUGAUUACACUCUGCCUAGCUGCAUCCAACUCCUGUUUCGACCCCAUGCUCUAUUUCUUCUCAGGGGCAAACUUCCGCCGUCAAAUCUCUACCUUCAGUCGGAAAUCAAAAGAACCACAAAGUGUAAGAUCACCCCUUCAGUCCUCCUCAAAGUUUUGACCAUCUCUCGUAGGGCAGCCUGUAGCAUAGUGGUUAAGGCACAUGACUGGGACCCGCAAGGUCGGUGGUUUGAUCCCUGGUUUAGCCACAAUAAGGUCCGCACUGCCAUUGGGCCCUUGGGCAAGGCUCUUAACCUUGCAUUGCUCCAUGGGAGGAUUGUCUCCUGCUUAGUCUAAUCAACUGUAUGUCACUCUGGAUAAGAGAGUCUGCCAAAUGCCAUUAAUGCCAUUAAUGUAAUCUUGGGAAGGUCACUUGAAUGUUGUCUUAUAGUGUGCUCUAAUUGGCUUUUAUUACUUUUAAAUUCGAUUGACUCCUUUUCUUUGGCUCAGAUGUUGAGAACUCUUGUAGCUCUGUGAGAGUAGGUUGCUGGCACACGCUGCCAUAUGUUUAAAAAAAUGGCAAAUUAAUGUCAUUAUAUACAGUGGCUUCAGAAAGUAUUCAGACCCCUUUACAUUUCACACACUUUGUGUAAAAGUGUGACAUUUUUGCCCAUCAAUGUACACUCAAUAACCGAAAAUAACAGACAUUUUUGCAGAUGUAUUAAAAAUCUAAAACUGAAAUCUCUCAUUUACAGCAUAAGUAUCCAGACCCUUAAUUUAGUACUUUGUAGAAGUCCCUUUGGCAGACAUUACAGCUUUGAGUCUUCUUGGGUAAGUCUCUACAAGCCUUACCCACCUUGCACACCUGGAUUUGGACAGUUUAUCACAUUCUUCCUGGCAGAUCCUCUCAAGCUCCAUCAGAUUGGAUGGGAAGUGUCAUUGAACUGCCAUCUUUAGGUCUAUCUACAGAUUUUCUAUGCUCUUUGGCUGGGAAACUCCAAGACAGAGACUUCUCCUGAAGCCACUCCAGCAUUGUCUUGGCCGUAUGCUUCGGAUCAUUGUCAUGCUGAAAGGUGAGCAGUCUCCCCAGUCUGAGGUUGUGUGCACUCUGGAGCACUGAGAUGCAUCCCCAUAGCCUGAUGCUGCCACCACCAUACUUCACCGUAGGGAUGGUAUUAGCCAGGUGAUAAACAGUGCCUGGUGUUUGCCAUACAUAGUGCUUGGAGUUCUUCAAGGUUUAUCUCAUCAGACCAGAGAAUCUCUUUCCUCAUUCUCUCAGAGUCCUUGAAAUGCUGUUUGCCAAACUCUGUCCGCCAUAUGUCUUUUACUCAAGAGUGGCUUCAGUCUAGCCACAAAGCCACAAAGGCCUGAUUGAUGGAGUGCUGCUGGGAUGGUUGUCCUUCUGACAGGUUCUCCCGUCUCUGCAGAGGGCUUCUGAAGCUUUGUUAGAGUUCUUGGUCACCUCUCUGACCAAAGCCCUUCUUUUCCAGUCACUCAGUUUGGCCAGAUGGCCAACUCCGGGAAGAGUCCUAGUUGUUCCGAACUUCACAAUUAUUGAUGCCACUAUGCUCCUGGGAGCAUUCAAAGCUUUAAAAAAAUGGUUUCAUACCCUUGCCCUGAUCUAUGCCUCACCACAAGUUUAUCACAGCAGUCUACACUGAGUUCCUUGGCUUGGUUUUAGUCCUGACAUAGUCAGUGUGAAUUGUGGGACCUUAUAUACAAAAAUGUCCAAUCAAUUCAGGUAGACACCAAUCAAGUUCUAGGCACAUCUCAAGGACAAUUUAUGCAAACAGGAUGCAUCUGAACACAAUAUGGAGUGCCACAGCAAAGGUUGUGGAUACUUAUGUAAAUGUGAGAUUUCAGUUCCUGAUUGUAAAGAUUUCUAAAAACAUGUUUUCACUUUGUGAAUAUGGGUUAUUGAGUGUAGAAUACUUUUUGAAGCCACUGUAUGCCAGUUCUAUAACACAUUUUAUUUUAUUUUUCUGUAUACUCCAUAUGUGUUUUUUUUGUUUUUUUUUUACAAAUGAAAAUUUUGCAUUGAAUUUUAUCUAUUUAUUAUUCAAUUAAUGUUUGAUUUUGGUUGGUUCCAUUAAAACAUUAAUAGUUUUAAUUUUUAUUUUAUAUUAAAGUAUUUAUUUUGUGCACUCAGGGGUGCCAAUAAUUCUAGAGCCACUGUAUUUAUGUAUAUAUGUGACCUGCUCUAUCAAAAUCAGUGGUAUUGACCCCAAAAUGUAUUUUGAGUUUUAGAAACUAAUCGAAAGAGAAGAAUGUAAGCUUUCUAACGAUACCAAAGUUAACUCUACUCAGGAGUCUCGAUAUCAUGGAGUUGUGUCCCGUUUGAUCCCACCAAACCAUAUUUUUGAGAAACUCGUUUUGUCACGAGAGUUACAUGAGGUUGGGAGACUACCGACUUAUGUGCUAAAUGUGCUUCAUAAAUGCAUUUGGAUAUAUUCAUAAACAUUACAUUACCAUUGAGGUUGGUACCGCCAGAAUAGAGAAACACAAUGUAAAGACAAUUACAUGAAAUAUUAA